GUCCUGUAGGAACGUCACAGAGCCCAGAGAGCGUCCUGUAGGAACGUCACAGAGCCCAGAGAGCGUCCUGUAGGAACGUCACAGAGCCCAGAGAACGCCUGGGGACGGUCGGGGAGGCAGUUCGGGGAGGGGACGGUUAAGUUCCCUCGAAGAGGACGCCGCGGGCCGACUGGAGUCUUUUUCGUGCUCCCCGCGCCCGCCUGCCGCGGGUAGCAUCUUCUCAGCGCCCCGGCGCCCAGGAACGCCCAGGAAACCCAGUCCUCCUCCUAAGCAACCUGCGGCGCGGGGACGCCCGCCUUUUGCUAUUAUUAUAAAAGUGCGUGCGACUAAACCUUCAGAUUUUUAGACGUACUUCUCGCUUCCUCUGACCCGGGGUGAGGGAGCCCCCGAGGCUACUGCGGGGCGGGGCCGGGGCGGGGUGGGGCGUCAUAGCGGCCUCAGGCAGCGCCCCGGCCGCGGGCGGGAGGCGGCAGCGGCGCGGGCCGAGCGGCGCGGAGAUUGGCUGUGGCAGGCGGAGACGUCAGGCUCCCGCGGCCCAAGCGGCCGCCGGGCGCGGCGCGGCGCGGCGCAGUCGGCUCCAGUACUCCCAGUAACGAGGAGGUGUUCUCGGCCGUCCCACCCUACCCUGCUGUCCCCGGGUUGCGCCGCCGGAGCCGGGACGCGCCUCCGCUGCCCUCGCCGCCUCCAUCCCCGCGGCCGCAGCUCCCCUCGCAGUCAGCGCGCACACCAUGACGAAGAACGAGAAGAAGUCCCUCAACCAGAGCCUGGCGGAGUGGAAGCUCUUCAUCUACAACCCGACUACCGGAGAGCUCCUGGGGCGCACCGCCAAGAGCUGGGGUUUGAUCUUACUCUUCUACCUAGUUUUUUAUGGGUUCCUGGCUGCACUCUUCUCAUUCACGAUGUGGGUUAUGCUUCAGACUCUCAACGAUGAGGUUCCGAAAUACCGUGACCAGAUUCCUAGCCCAGGACUUAUGGUUUUUCCAAAACCAGUGACUGCAUUGGAAUAUACAUUCAGUAGGUCUGAUCCAACUUCGUAUGCAGGGUACAUUGAAGACCUUAAGGAGUUUCUGAAACCAUAUACUUUAGAAGAACAGAAGAACCUCACAGUCUGUCCUGAUGGAGCACUUUUUGAACAGAAGGGUCCAGUUUAUGUUGCAUGUCAGUUUCCUAUUUCAUUACUUCAAGCAUGCAGUGGUAUGAAUGAUCCUGAUUUUGGCUAUUCCCAAGGAAACCCUUGUAUUCUUGUGAAAAUGAACAGAAUAAUUGGAUUAAAGCCUGAAGGAGUGCCAAGGAUAGAUUGUGUUUCCAAGAAUGAAGAUAUACCAAAUGUAGCAGUUUAUCCUCAUAAUGGAAUGAUAGACUUAAAAUAUUUCCCAUAUUAUGGGAAAAAACUGCAUGUGGGGUAUCUACAGCCAUUGGUUGCUGUUCAGGUCAGCUUUGCUCCUAACAACACUGGGAAAGAAGUAACAGUUGAGUGCAAGAUUGAUGGAUCAGCCAACCUAAAAAGUCAGGAUGAUCGUGACAAGUUUUUGGGACGAGUUAUGUUCAAAAUCACAGCACGUGCAUAGGAUGAGUAGGAUAUCUCCCCAGUAAAUGUUGUGUUGUCUGUCUUCAUUUUAUAUCAGCUGGACCUUCCAUUCUAGAAUUAUGAGACCACCUUGGAGAAAGGUGUGUGGUACAUGACACUGGGUUACAUCAUAACGUGCUUCCAGAUCAUAGUGUUCAGUGUCCUCUGAAGUAACUGCCUGUUGCCUCUGCUGCCCUUUGAACCAGUGUACAGUCGCCAGAUAGGGACCUGUGAACACCUGAUUCCAAACAUGUAGGAUGGGGGUCUUGUCCUCUUUUUAUGUGGUUUAAUUGCCAAGUGUCUAAAGCUUAAUACGCUGUGCUAUGUAAAUAUUUUAUGGAUAUAACACUGUCAUAUUUUGAUGUCAACAGAGUUUUAGGGAUAAAAUGGUACCCGGCCAACAUCAAGUGACUUUAUAGCUGCAAGAAAUGUGGUAUGUGGAGAAGUUCUGUAUGUGAGGAAGGAAAAAAAGAAAAUAAAAGUGUAUUUGAAAAAUAUUA